UUAACAAUAACUGGAAUGGUCUUAAAAUUUCAAGGAUGAUCAGCUAUGGAUACCGGAGGAGCAAAAUUCCAAAAUUCCGCCUAUUUCGGAUGGGAAAAGUUCUGCCUUUGCUGAAAAAAAAAAAAAAAUCAAGGAGCUGGUUUUGGCAGUUUUGGUUUGGGCAAGAAUGUUGUGCGCUUUAUGCCGAAUUUUAAAAUGGACCAAAUCCUGAUCCUACUGAACGCUAGGGCAAAAUCCCCAACGAGCUGUAGUGUGUUCAGGAUUUGGGCCCCGAUUCCUUGGCUGGGCAGCAGAAAUGACCAUUGUACCCCCUAAAAGGGCCAAAUCCUGCUUCCAUUGAAGUCACAGGCACAAACCCCAUUGACUGCCCUGGGCUCGGGCAGCCAGGGCUGAGCAGGGGGCGGAAGGGCGCGCGCCAGGCUGAGAGCAGCGGCACGAUGGAACGCAGCCCUGGGUCGCCGGCGGCCUCUCACAGCGGCAGUCGGGAACCAGGGCGCCGGCGGCCCGUUGGCCUCGGAGUCGGGCCGGCGUCGAGCACCGCCACCCAACCGCCGCCCUUUCGAAUCUGGGCGCGCCGCGGGCCCGGCGAAAGGGGGCGGAGUCACGCGCCGCUCCACUGCCCUGGCACGCGCCGUUCUCCCUCCCUUGUUAGGCUCUCCCGUUGCUCCUUUCUUCCAGCCUCUGCCUGUCGGUGUGUCUCCUGCGUGCGCUGCGCUUGGUACGGCCCACCUGGAAGAUCAUGGCGAUUGAUGGUGGAGAACGAACCUGUGGCGUACAUGAACUAAUCUGCAUUAGAAAAGUAUCUCCUGAGGCAGUUGGAUUUCUGUCAGCUGUUGGAGUGGUCAUUAUCCUCAUGUUGCUUCUUUUUCUAUAUAUUAAUAAGAAGAUGUGUUUUGAAAACGUUGGUGGCUUCCCAGACCUUGAUUCAGGAUAUAAUGCAAGGAAGAUUUCACAAGACAAACUUUACAACUCGUACAUGAAUAAAGACCAGAAUGGUUCCUCCUCUGAAAGUGAAGACGAGGCAGUGGGUAAAUACCAUGAGGCCUUGUCCAGAACACAAAGUUCCAGGCCACCAAUGGUAGAUAGCAGACAGCAAAAAAAUUACAUUUGGGAAACUAGACAAAAAUAUAGCCCUCUGUCUGCAGAGUAUGAUGGGUACAGUAGUGAAGCCUCAAUAGACGAAGCAAACUGUAUUCAGAGAAUGAGAAGAACACCUCCACUGGAUGAACUGCAGCCUCCGCCAUAUCAGGAUGAUAGUGGUUCUCCUCACCUCUCUUGUACACCCUCUGAAUUUGAUGACAGUAAAUGUGAAUUUUCCCACUGUAGCAACAGUCCAAGAUGUUCAUACAAGUGCCCAAGUGAAGGAAGCACUGGACAUGAAAUAGAAAGCUUCCAUAACAAAGGAUAUGAAGAGGAUGUACCCAGUGAUAGUACUGCUGUCCUUAGCCCAGAGGAUAUGUCAGCUCGAGGAUCAUCUUCACAGCUUCCUAAACCUUUUGAUCCUGAGCCAGUAGCUAAAUAUGGCACGCUGGAUGUGACUUUUGACUAUGACUCACAAGAACAGAAGCUUCUAGUAACAGUGACAGCUGUCACAGACAUCCCAACAUAUAACAGGACAGGCGGAAACUCAUGGCAAGUACAUCUAGUUCUCCUACCUAUAAAGAAACAGAGAGCAAAAACCAGCAUCCAGCGGGGACCAUGCCCUGUCUUCGCAGAGACAUUCAAAUUUAAUCAUGUUGAAUCUGAGAUGAUUGGGAAUUACGCAGUUCGCUUUAGACUGUAUGGUGUACGUCGCAUGAAAAAAGAGAGAAUUGUGGGGGAAAAGAUUUUUUACUUAACCAAAUUGAAUCUUCAAGGGAAGAUGUCAGUACCAGUGAUAAUGGAGCCUUCUUACAGUCUUUCUGGCUGUGACUCUCAAAUAAGCAUGUUAGAAAUGUCCUGCAGUGAAAGUACCUCCUCUUGUCAGUCCCUAGUACAUGGCUCAGCUCCAGAAAUCCUCAUCGGCCUACUUUAUAAUGCCACAACCGGAAGACUAUCAGCAGAAGUGAUAAAAGGCAGCCACUUCAAAAACUUGGCAGCAAACAGACCACCCAACGGACUGUUCUGUUGUCUAAAACACUUGAUAGGUGGACAGGUUUAUAUAAUCCGAGAUACAUAUGUUAAGUUAACACUGCUGAAUUCCAUGGGUCAGGAGAUGUCCAAGUGCAAGACGUCCAUCCGCCGAGGGCAGCCAAAUCCAGUAUACAAAGAAACCUUCAUUUUUCAAGUGGCACUAUUUCAGCUUUCAGAUGUGACACUCAUACUGUCUGUGUAUAAUAAACGCAGCAUGAAACGAAAAGAGAUGAUAGGCUGGAUUUCUCUAGGUCUCAACAGCUCAGGAGAAGAGGAACUAAAUCACUGGACUGAAAUGAAGGAAUCCAAAGGACAACAAAUAUGUAGAUGGCACUCAUUACUAGAGUCUUAAUAGGUAGUACCAAGGGUCAGUUGUGGUUCCAGGGAGUACCAUGUUUAACAAGACUGUCCCUUAGUCACCACUAAGAGAUCUGUUAUGGAAGUAACAAAUUCAACAUUCCACCUUAAAGAAUGCACAGUGUGCGAUGGAGCAGAACAUUUUACACAUUUUCUUCAAUUAAUUUGUCAGACACCUCACUAGUGUCAGAUUAAACCUUUCUGUACACAGACGAGAUAGCAAUCACUCCAUCCCCUUGAUGCUUUCAAUACUGUUUGGUUUGGGAUUGUUUUCUAUUUAGCAAUUCAAAUAUAUUGUAUGUAAAAAUCCCCAAAUUAUUAUAAAAUCCUCCUAUCGUGUUGGAUUUUUUUAGUGCUCUUAUAUUUUAGUUUCUGACCUGCCAACAUCCCAAUUGAGGGACAUUGGCCUUUAAUACAAGAAACAAAUUAUUAAACUGUGAAACAAGAAAACAAAACAACAACAAAAAAUCACCACUGCUUGGGAAGAAAGCUUAAUAGUGAAUAUAUUGUUGUUUUAGAUUGAUUUUGUUUUUUAUGCAUUAACUUAGUUGCAUUAACUUUUCAUUUCUGAUAUGAAAUUAGUUUGAAAAACUCUGGGACUCAGUGGAAUAAGGUGAACUUUGACCUAAAAUAAAUGUUUCUUCAAUCUGUGAUAGGAACAAGCUCCACAUUGUGGCAUAAAUUGGGUUUUUCCCCAUUUGCCGUGCUGCUGCCUAACCCAAAGAGACCCGAUCACUGUUCUGGUCCCUUGCAAGUCUGUUUAGACAGGUUGUACCAUAAAACUAUGCAACUUUCUGUUGAAAGCACUUCCUGUAUUCAUGUAUUCCAAUGUAGGAAGCUCAUAGAGCGCAAGUUGACUAAAAAAUCUUUUCAUCAACCCAAUUGAUAUGCAUUUCUUUAAAAUGCCAAUAUUGUGAAGAUUAUGUUGAAAGAUCACAGAAGAAACAGUAGUAGUUAAACUGCUACGGCAAAGGACCAAUUCUAUGACUUUGGGGAAAAGAAAGAUAUGUUUGUUUCCUUGGCUGGUCAUAUGAAUUGCAGAGUUUCAAGAACCAUAAUUUCUAGUCUUGUUGGAGGAUGAAUACAGGGGAUCUAGAAGAGAGUUAUUUCCUCUCUAUUUUCCAGGUGGCAGAGAGAAAUAGGGCUAACCCAUGAGUUGUCAAGGCUUGCAUGGAACACUGAACUCCCAAAUGUAUGGGUCCAUUUGCUCUGCAUGUAUUUAAGGCCGGCACGGUUGGCUUCAUAGCAACAUCAUGGUAAAAAAAGAAAAAGCUGCAGCAUAAUGGACAAAUUUUGCCUUUGGAUAUGUACCCACAACUUCCACUGACGUCAGAGAGGCGUGGGGGUGUAUGUGUACAGCUUGAGGUUUGGGCCUAAGUACCGUAAGUACAGUAGAGUCUCACUAAUUCACACUGACUGCUAGAUCCAAUUCAGAUUACUAAAUAUUGUGGAUUAUUGAGUAAAUAAUGACACGUUUUUUAAAAAAAAAAAGUCAGGAUUCUCAAAAUGAAUUUUUUUAUUUAUUACAAUAAUUUUCAUUUCAUCUUAAUUGCUACUCUACUUAUCUGAGCAAACAUACCAAAGUUUAUUUCUUAAAAGUAAUUAAGUCUUACUAAUGUGAGACUCCCCAGUGCAGCAUUCACUGAGAAGGAGGGUGCGAUCGCUGUAUUAUUUUUGGUGAGAAUUAUUGAUGUUGUAGUGAAUUUGGAUAAAGAAAGAAACUCUUUCUUGUUACCUCUGAACAGUUCAACCUUUGGGAUACAAAGACCGUCAGGUACUGUGUGAUUGCAUAUAGCAAGUGUAUAAACUUAAAGAUGCAUCAUGUGACUCUCAGAUACUCACAAUGCUUAAAUGAUUUCAUAACCCCUUUCCUAAGAAAUCUCCAGUUACAGUUUUCAACUAAUGUUAUUUUGUGCCUUUCAUAUCACACUAGUUGAAGCUGCUAAUACAAACGGAUGGUUGUAUUUGCAGACUGGGCCUUCAGUUUUUAUUGGCUUAAGGAUUUCUCAGAACAUUGCCACAGGAAUUUUCUUUCCUGUCUUGCAUGUUGUUUUUUAUGUAAGGCACAAUAAAUUUCAUUUUGGUAAUUCAAACAUCCAAGAACUUUGAUUAGCCAGAAACAUUGUAAAUAGCAAUACAGUAUAAAGUGUUCCUUCCAGUUCUGUUUGUUGCUCAGUUUGUGAGGUGCAACUUCAAACUCGUAAAUGUUUAAAUAAAAAUAUAGGUUAAUUUUAUGUACAUAAGAAAAACCACCUCAAGUUCCCCAGCUCAUUUUGGUUUCACUUACAAUAGACACACUUAUUUACUGAGUUACUACCAGGAAAUAUGUCAUACGUAACCUCUCAAGGGUCAUAAACCACUUAUAUUUAUGAAUAUUUUGAAGAAGUCUUCUAAGAUCUUCUAAGAUCAAAUAUUGUCUGUCAAGGGUUGUCUCUCUUGUACAGGUUUGUAUAAAGUGGUGUACAGUAUUUCACAGUAACUACUGAACAAGAUAAUUCCAUUGCAGAGCAUGGAAAAUAUCUCAGGUCACCACUGACUAUAUUACAAAUUUAAACUUGGUGAGUCUAUAACCUGGAAAAGGAACCCAAACUACACUAAUCAAUGUGAGCAAUCAAAUUCCUUUUGAAAAGUGAUAUUGUUUAGGAAUGACAUUUUCAUAUAUUAACAAUUCUGACAUAUAAGACAUUAACAUAUUAAUGUAGACAAAACAUGUCUAGAUGCAUGUUGAGUACAUCUAACCAGAUUCUUUUUGUUAGAUCAUGAUUUUUUCCAAGAUUUUCAUAUAUGAUUUUCAUAGACUCCAUAUUCAACAAGUGUAUCACAAAAUUAAAGGUCUUACUUAUUUAGGCUCAUGCAGUAUAAAUGUAUAUGAAGAGCUUAAAGGAAUUUCUAAUUUUACAUGGACAUCAUAUACAAGUAAUAGAAUGUGGUCAGAUGUUUUUGUCUUUCAAAACUAAUCACAUCAUCCUCCACUGGAAUUCACAUGGGAAUUUUUAUAAAUUGGUGGAAGCACUGGUAACUGCUAUGUUGUUCUUUAUUCCCAGGUCAGUGUUAUGACUUGUGGUUUUGCUGGGGUUUUUGUUUUGUUAAUUACUUAAUGUGAAUCUACAUUCCCAUAUUCUAAAUCUGCCUUUAGAUAAAGCUUUGUGCAAACCUUACCCCAGUGGCUGAUGCACAGAGUCUUUUGUAUGCAUUCAAUAGAACAAACCUCAACCAAGGAAUAGACAAUCCAAAGAACAAAAACCCUGGUAUGAAGUAGAAGGAAAUCAGAACAGGGCCUUUGUGCUGGCCUCAAAAUUGUGCAUGAUUCUAUUUUCUCUUGACUUUUUCUGUUGUUGUUUACCCUUCAGACUUCUGUUUUAAAGGUACAGUCAGCACUUAUAAGAAUUUAUCAAAUGAUUAAAUUCUUUUUCUCCUGUAUAUCAGGAUUACACAGAGAUUACAAUUCUUGAAUUGAUACUGGUUUUUGUUACAACACCACAAUGGUUUUUUACACCUUGGGUUGACAUAAAACAGCAAGGUUUCUUGGAGAAACUACACUUAAAAGGGUUUUCUAUCUUUUCUGCAAUAUAUAUACCUACAUAUUUGAAGAAAGGAUUAAAAUCUUACAAAUAGGAUUACAAAAGUGAAAGAGAAUGAUUGGCUCCAUACUUGAAUUUGCAUAAAAGAUUAAGGGCCAGAUUGUGACCUAACAGGCCAAUACGAGGGAAUAUGAAGUUACCAGGUGCCCUGUUACUCCCCUGCACUGGCCAGUAAUACAGCAGUGCAAGAGGGAGGACAGCCUCCUGUGCAGGUGGGUGGGGAGUGGCAGAGCCUAGGCUCCAUUCCUCCAUUUGCCAGCCAGAACAUGCUCUGGGGAGGGUGAAUCUGUGCCAGGUAUAGGACUGAUACAGAUAACUUUGCCCUGAGCAAGAGGGGACAUGGCACGCGCAGUCACCGUCUGGUUCCCAGUCUGCUCCUGCAGCAGCACAUCUACAUGCUGCCCCUUGUGCUGGGCUUGUGGCAAAGCCACAAUUCAGCCUUAAAGUAGGGUUUAGCUUCUUGGCUGACCAGCAGCUGAGGAUUUGCUGGUAUACAAGAGCUAUGCAUUCAGCUACUUGACAAAUACAGCAUAGUUUCUAAACAUAAUUAAAGUCCUCAGAGCGUAGUAAUAAAAUGAAGGUUAAAAAUACAGUGAUUACUUGAAAUUAAGGCAUGCCCUUUUACUGGUGUCACAGGCUCUAUUUAUCAACUGAAUAAGCCCAUAGGCUAUAAUGGAGUAUACAGUUUUUCAGCACUCUAGAGACUUUCACCCAUAAACUAUUGCAAUCAUUCCUAUUGGCUACAAUAGUGCCUGUUUUUAUUAUUUUCCCGCCUGACACUUGGGGCGGUUUCUUUUUUUUUCUACCUCCCCCACUUUGUGUUUCUGUAUUACUCUGUUCAUUCUCUGUCCUCACUCAGGGGCCUGGUCCUGUGAGAUGGCAGUCACCCUCAACUUCUGUUGUCCUCAGCCGCUUGCUUUUGACAGCGAGGGCACUCAGCACCUCUUAUCACAAGGCAUGAAGUGGAGUGCAAAAUAAGGCAAUUGACUCAAUUUUGGGUGCCUUGCACCAUUAGAGUCGGUAAAUGACCUGUACUCAACAAACAUUGUUUUUAAAAAUUGUCUCCCAAACUAAAACCAAAUAAUCUCAGUUACUAUGAUUCAGUCAUCCCCCUACAUUAUGACUACCUUUUAGAUUAUUGUUGUGAAUUUCCCUUUCUUUUAUAUAUACUACCCUUGUAGAUUACUGCUGGUGAAAUGCAAAGUCACGAGAGCUUCAACAAAGAGAUGAAAGGAUGGAAUUUGGAAAAACUCUAUCUUUUAAUACAAUAAAAACUCCUAUUGACUUAAUUGAGAGCAGGAUCAGACUCUUUACCUAUCCAUCACAUUUGUCUGUAGGAAUGCUGUCUUGUCUAAAGCAGUUCUCUAAUAUUAUGGCAUGUCAGUAAAUAUUCCUGGGGGAAUUCUGUGCCACUGUGCAAUGCAGAAUGUUGCAGAAAUUAAUGUUGUGCAUGCAGAAUUUCUUUUUCCCUGCCCCCCCCCCCGGAAAUGGGCUGCAGAAAUGUUGGCUGCCACUAGGGGCCACAGGACCCAGCAGAGCCCUACUCACAAAUAGAAGACAAGGCCAGUGGGAGGGGAGGGAGAGGGACCUGGAGUGUUCCCAGUGGUUGCAGUUCUCAGCACAGCCUGAAGGAAGGAGACGGCAGUGCACAGGAAACUCCAUGCAAGCCCAGGACCCAGCAUCAAGCUGUUUCUCCCUCUGGAUCCCUGGGCUUUAAGAGAGUAGGGUCUGUGAGUGUCUGGGUCGAGGGCAGGGAGCCAGCAGCUGGUCUCUGGGAGAG